AUGAGACUGAAGAGAGUCUUUGCAACAUUUGCUACUUUCAGCGCCGCGGAGGCGCGCGGCUGUCGGAUUUUGGAUAACUGUGCAGCAACAGAAGUUUGUAUAUGGACUCAAGCAAAUCCUGCUGGUGCUUGUCUCCCUCUUUCAAAUCGUAAACGAGACCAGGAACUCUAUCAACCUGGCUACCCAAAUAUUCAUGAUGCAGAAAGCGAAUAUCAACGGCAAUUGGAAAGAAGACGCAAAGAAUUGCUCAAGAAACAGCUAGAAAAGCGGGAGCUUGCACGACUUGUCCAAGAAUACAGACGAUCCCCGCCAGAUUACGAGGAUCAAUCGACUUCCAAUGGUGGCGGCCUCUUUUGGGACUCAUCGGAGCCAAAAUCCGAUUUCAAAUCCUUUCAAAGCGAAUCAUAUCAAGUCAACGGCGGGCCAGAGCAUAUAAAAGUGAGCACCGAUGACAAUGGCAAAAUAAAUAAUUAUGAGACGAACAUUAACCCUGAUGGUACUGUCGAACGCGUUACGGAGCCAGAAGAAGUUCUUGAACCAAUGCCCAUGCCAGCAAAACGCGUGGCGGAUCCAGAACUCCAGAAGGACAUUGACCGACUCGAUUUGUUUGCAAUCAAGGAAGAGAAACGCGCAAUGAUCCUCACCUUCGGCGCUGGUGGACUCCUCUGCGCCGUUCUCGUCAUUUCCGGAUUGACUCUUUUCGCAACCCGACGCAAGAAACAACCUCCAAUGGACUUCCCAGCAGGAGAUUACGAACAGCUUUGUCGACAACAUUUUGCAGCGAAGGAGUCCCAGGAGAUUUCGCCAUCAGAUUGGUCUGAUAGCAAAGAUGGAUUUCUGCCGAACGACGAACUUACGGUAGAACAAGCUCGGUCCCUCUUAGCCGCCUCAACAGACGAUAAUGCAAUCCGAAGCGCCUGGCGUGACGCUAAUUCUUCGCCUAGCGAUGAGUCGACUAAUGGAGGCGGAGAGCAUCCUGGCAAAGAUCGGGAUCCUGGAUACCUGCCAUACGAAAGCAACAGAUUCAAGUUCAAGCAGAGUGAUUUGUACUACAACGCGUCGAAUGUGAAACUUGCUGACGACAGUUGGCUCCUGUCGCAAUCUCCGUUGCCAGGCCAACUGUCGGAAUUCUGGACAAUGAUUUGGGAGAGCGAGCGAACAGCACUGAUCCUACUUUCACCACUGCAAGAGGAUGGCAUGCCGCAAUCUGCCAGAUUCUGGCCUAAUGAGGGGGCUGAGUUGCAUGGCGGUAUUGAGGUCAAUUUGGUGACGGAGCAUGUUUGGUGUCGAGAGUUCCUUGUCCGAUCUCUUUAUCUCAGACAGAUCGAAACUGGCGAAACUCGAACUGUGACUCUUCUCCACUACCUCGGCUGGCCUCUCAAUUCCACUCCACCAUCCGCGAAGCGUUUGCUUGAAUUCCGUCGCAAGGCGCGUCGCGCAGGAUCGCCUGUCGUCAUCUGUCCCGACGGAGCUUCUCGAUCUGGUGCUUACUGUCUCAUCGACUCAAUCAUUUCGGCAUAUUCCAAGGGAAAAGAACCCAAGCCAGCUGAGCUUCUUUCCGCGCUCAGAGAUCAACGCAUGAAGUCGAUACGCACCGAAUCUCAGCUCAACUUCGUCAUCGAGGCCAUGGGAGAAGCCGCCGAGUCCGCCCUACAGAAUUAA